AUGACUACCAACUCCUAUGGCUCGGCUCUCCCAAAGUUCGACUACCCAUCCAUCCAGCCAGCCGUCACAAAGGCGUCCAGAUUAAAGGCACUGCCUCUGUCAGCGAGAAUCGUCUCCGUGGCUGCUGUCGCAGGAAUUGCCUUCUACGCCAGGCCCCUGAUUCAGCAACAGCGCGAGCUGCACGCCACACGACUGCCCUCUGAGUCGACCCUGCGCACGACCCCGGCUGGACGACCUCUGCUAUUGGGUUGCAUGGAAGGGCGUUUCGGCCUAGAAGUGGUGGAAUGA